UUUAUUUUACUGUUAUUCUACAAUGUAACAUACAUUUAGAGCAACCAUUAUUUAUAGGAAGGUAAGUUAAAAACAUUGGUCGCUAAACAGUUUUACUGCAGAUAGUUGAUGCGUUAUUUUUUUCUAUAUUACCUAGUGUCAUUAUUGUGCGACUUCACUUGGUUCACUCCAGGAAGAACAACUGACAGGAACGGUUGACUUUGCUAACAAGAAGGGAACACGAUGUCUGGAAGUUUUUAUUUCGUCAUGGUUGGUCACCAGGACAACCCUGUCUUUGAGAUGGAGUUCUUGCCAUCGGGGAAAGCAGAAUCAAAGGAUGACCAUCGUCACCUGAACCAGUUCAUUGCACACGCUGCCCUGGAUCUGGUGGAUGAAAACAUGUGGCUGUCCAACAAUAUGUACUUGAAAACUGUGGACAAGUUCAACGAGUGGUUUGUUUCUGCCUUCGUCACUGCAGGACAUAUAAGAUUCAUCAUGCUGCAUGACGCGCGACAAGAAGAUGGAAUCAAGAACUUUUUUAAUGAUGUAUAUGAUUUAUACAUUAAGUUUGCAAUGAAUCCAUUCUACGAAAUCAAUGCACCAAUCCGCUCUACAGCAUUUGAGAGGAAAGUACAGUUUCUUGGAAAGAAACAUCUCUUGAGUUAAUCACUUCACAUGCACAAGGAUCAUAAUGCAUCUUGGCUAUUAGUUGUGUAUAUAUAUAGCUACUACACUUUUGAUGUCUGUCUUUCAUCUCCUGUUUCACAAUUGUACCAUGUAUUAAACACAUAUUUUCUAUAAAA